AUGGCUCCAACAACAAGAAAACAAAGUCCCGGAGCUCUGGAGACCCUUCCUAAACCUGGACCCAGCGCUCUAAGGCACCAGCCUCCUACCUUCAACCUUGCCGAUUCUGCCAACACUACCCCAACAGCAUACACGGAGGUUCACAAAAUGUUUUUAACGACCCUGCCGAUCGGCAACAGCUCCUCCAAAACAAAACCGGACAGCACCUGCCGAAGGCCUAGCUCCAAUGGCCCGAACCGAGAAAUUUCCCAAUCACCGGGUCUUGUCUUAGUUCCGUCACUUCGCUAG